AUGUUAUUUCAUAGUAAAAACCAUGGUGAAGCUUUUGGUUUUUCUCUUUCAUUCAAUCAACCAAAGUUUUGUCCAACAGCCAUUUGGAAUUUCAAUGGAAUUACUUUUGCCGAUCAAUCAGUUGUUGGUCAAUAUCCUGCCGCCAUUUUUGUGAACACAAACAAUACAAUUUAUGUUGCUAAUCCAGAAAGCAACGCAAUUGUAAUAUGGCAAGAAGGAAGUAUCAAUCCAACAAAGAUCAUUCAUGGUGAUUUUGCAGGGUCCAGUUUUCUCUUCGUGACAUCGAAUGGUGAUAUCUAUAUUGAUGAUAGUUAUUAUAAUCAUCAAGUACAGAAAUGGAGUGCAGAAACAAAUACUUUUGUCACGGUGAUGAAUGUCGACUCAUCAUGUUGGGGUUUGUUUGUCGAUAUGAAUGACACUCUUUACUGUUCAAUGCUUGAUCAUCACCAAGUAGUGAAAAGAUCAUUAAAUGAUCCUCUGAUUAUUUCAAAUCGUGUUGCUGCCGGCACAGGUAUUGAAGGAUCAGCCUCGAAUCAACUCGGAGGUCCUCGUGGAAUCUUUGUCGAUAUAAAUUUUGAUUUAUAUGUAGCAGAUUGGCACAAUUAUCGAGUUCAGUUAUUCCAGUCAGGAGAAUCAAAUGGCAUCACAGUAGCUGGAAUUACUUCACUAAAUCCAACAAUUAUACUCCAUCAACCAACUGGAGUUAUAUUAGAUGCUGAGAAAUAUCUAUUCAUUGUAGAUCAGAAUAAUCAUCGAAUUGUUGGUUCAGGCUUGAAUGGUUUUCGAUGUUUAGUUGGUUGUUAUGGAGAGGGUUCACAAUCCAAUCAAUUGAAUCAUCCAACUAGUUUGAAUUUCGAUCGUUAUGGAAACAUGUUUGUUACCGAUUAUGCAAAUCAUCGAAUUCAAAAAUUUCAAUAUGUCGAAGAAUCAUGUGAUAAAGAUAAAAAUGAAAUUCCUGAUGGAUUUCGAAUUCAAUUAUUCAAUAGUUAA